GCUUAUAAAUAGGAGACAUUACAUGCACUCAAAUAUAUCUCUUCUUUGCUAUAAUAUUUCUAUUAAUUUCGUUUAUUAUUAUUCUCAUUAUUUGUCUACUUCUUCAAUAGGAAUAACAAUUAUAUAUAUAUAAAUUGUACGCGAGAAACAAAUAUAAUGGCAGAAGAACAGUUUUCUGAAUCGGCCAACUAUGAAUGCAGCGUUAAAGAGAAUCUAGUGAUCACCAGUGAGAAGGCCAAAAGGGAAAGUGAAAGCGAAAGUGAAAGUGAAGAAGAUGAAACCUUUGGAAAAGUGUGUCCUGGCCAAGAUCUCAAUGAUUGCUUUGAUCCCGUUCAGAAAAUUGUCCAUGGAUUUAAGCACUUUCUCUCUAAUAAAUUUCACAAGUAUCCAUGCAUGUUUAAUGAACUUAAAGAAACUCAACAUCCAAAGUUUUUGGUGUUUGCAUGCUCGGAUUCUCGAGUUAGUCCUUCCCAUAUUUUAAAUUUUCAACCAGGAGAAGCUUUCAUGGCCCGCAAUAUUGGCAACUUAAUUCCAAGUUUUAACAAAUUGAAAGGCUCUGGAGUUGGAUCAAUUAUUGAAUAUGCAGUAGAAGAGCUUAAGGUAGAGAAUAUUUUAGUGAUUGGGCAUAGUCAUUGUGGUGGUGUAAAGAGGCUUAUGUCUCAUCCUGAAGAUGGUUCAGCUCCCUUCAACUUCAUUGAUGAUUGGGUUAGCAUAGCUCAAGCUGCCAAGGAUAAAGUCAUAGUUGAACACAAGAAUUUGUCAUUUGAAGAACAAUGUGAAAUAUGUGCUGAGGAAGCAGUAAAUGUGUCUCUAAAGAAUCUACAUUCCUACCCAUUUGUUCAAAGGGGAGUUGAAGAGAAAAAGAUAACACUUAGAGGUGGAUACUAUGAUUUUGUAGCUGGAUCUUUCAAGCUAUGGGAACUUGAGUAGUAUCAAGUAUUAUAAUUUCAAACCAAAAAUUUAACACCCUUUCAAAAAUAAAAAGAAAACUCAAAUUUAAUAUUGCUUUUUUCAAAAUGUUCAACUUUCAUAAUGCACGUGUUUAAUUGUUUGUUAUAUGAUAUUUAUAUUUUGUUGUUUGCUUCUUAUAUAUGUGGACAAAUAAAUACAAGUGUUGUUUUCCAUUUCAUAAUGUAAUUUAUUAUCCGACAAGAAAUAAGAGAAUCUUUUUAUGCUU